AGUCUGCGCUCUGGCCUGGAAGCGCCGGACCCACCGGUGAGGUGUGUUGGCGGCUGGCGGAGUGAGGCUUUGGCAGACAUGGCACCCAACGCGCUGGCUCCCGAACCGGAGAGUCGGAAGGGCAUCCGGGCCGUGUUGCUGGGGCCGCCCGGGGCUGGCAAGGGGACCCAGGCACCCAAACUGGCUGAAAACUUCUGUGUCUGCCAUUUGGCCACUGGGGACAUGCUGAGAGCCAUGGUGGCUUCAGGUUCAGAGCUGGGGAAAAAGCUGAAGGCGACGAUGGACGCUGGAAAACUGGUGAGUGAUGAGAUGGUUGUGGAGCUCAUUGAGAAGAAUUUGGAGAGUCCUUCAUGCAAAAAUGGCUUUCUUCUAGAUGGCUUCCCCCGGACUGUGAGACAGGCUGAAAUGCUUGAUGACCUCAUGGAGAAGAGGAAAGAGAAGCUUGAUUCAGUGAUUGAGUUCAGCAUUCCAGACUCCCUGCUAAUCCGGAGGAUCACUGGAAGGCUGAUUCACCCCAAGAGUGGCCGGUCCUACCAUGAGGAGUUCAACCCUCCAAAGGAGCCCAUGAAAGAUGAUAUCACUGGAGAGCCCCUGAUCCGCAGGUCAGAUGACAAUGAGAAGGCCUUGAAGAUCCGCCUAGAGGCCUACCACACUCAGACCACCCCGCUCGUGGAGUACUACAGGAAACGGGGCAUUCACUGUGCCAUCGAUGCGUGCCAGACCCCUGACGUCGUGUUUGCGAGCAUCCUAGCAGCCUUCUCCAAAGCUACAUCCUAGUAAAAGAAGGCCAGGCGAGACUACACCCUGCUCAUCUCCCCGCCGCGUGAUCCCUGCUCUUAGGUGCUGGGCAGAAGGGAAAGGGGUGGUCACGGAAAGGAAGGAUGGAGAGGGAGGUGGUGAGGGGCUCAAGACGAGCAUUUGGAACGUGGCAGUGUUGUAAUUAGAAAGAUUUUUCUUAAACACAUAGGUGGGAAUUUGUAAAGUAUAAGCAAAGGAAAAGAUUAAUUUUUAAAAAACUGUGAUCGGAGGGCAUUGGUGCAAAUGAGGAGCUAAGGUAUUAUUUUUUAAGCCAUCGAGCUUUCAUUUACUCUGGACCACAAAGCUAAUGCUCUUAAGAGACCUCAGCUUCUAUGUAAGAAGCUCAUGGAUCGAUCACCAAGCCAAGAAUUCAGCCAUCAGACUGGGCCUGUGUGUCCUGUGCGCAGGAGGAGCUGAGGGCUGCUACCAGUGGCGUCCCUUUCCGGAAAGUUAAAGACUCAUCUGCACGUGUGGAGGAGGUGGGGGUGGUUCAGCAAAUCAUUUUUACUGGAAUUGUGGGGAGCAAGAGGAGAUAGAGCCCACACUUCUUAACCACUUACAGUCACCUGCUCCUGCAGUAAAGCCUCAGCGGCCACUCAGUACACACUAGUCCUACAAUGUUGCCUCUGUUCAUCCACGGGACCCUUUUCAGUUAGUGAACGAGGGCUAGGAUCGUAGUCCAGUGGUACGUGUGGGCCUAGCAUUACAAGGCCCUGGGUUCAGUCCUCAACAGUGAAGGGGAAACAAAAGUUAAAAUGUCUUAAGCUAAAUCAUCCAAAGAUUGUCCGUCUCAUCCUCAAAUCCUGUGACUGGGAUCACCUGACAACACUGUGAUGUAUUUUCCAAUGAGGUGCCUUCCUAACUGACCAAAUGCUGCCGUGUUUGGCCCCUGAGUCAAUAAAGUAUGUUGAAAAUUUGUA